CAAGCGCAGCGGCCGCGACCUCAAGUCCUCGGCCAUCCUGGAGCUCACCAUGCCGGGUUCCUUCGGCGAGGGUAACAGGGCGGUCGGUUUGAACGAGAAGCAGCAGAUGCAGGGUCUCAACGACCGUUUUGCCGGCUACAUCGAGAAGGUGCGCCAGCUGGAACUGCAGAACCGGGGGCUGGAGGCGGAGAUUGCGCAACUGAGACAGCGGCAGUUGUCGCCGUCGCGGCUGGCCGUUGCCUUCGGGCCCGAGCUUGGUGAGCUCCGCCAGCUGCUGCGGGACGUGGAGCGGCAGAAGGCUCAGCUCCAGCUGGAGAGGGAGCGGCUGGCAGAGGACCUCCACCUCCUCAAGGGCAAGUGCGAGGACGAGGCGAGGCUCAGGGAGCAACUGGAUGUAGGUGCCCAACUCCUCAGGAAGGAGGGCGAGGACGGUGAACGGCUGAAACUGCAGCUGGAGAAGAAGGAGCGGGCUCUAGCCGAAGAGAUUACCCUCCGAAAGGCCACCCACCAGAACGAUGUGGCUGAGCUCCUCUCGCAACUUCACGCGUCCCAGGUCACCUUGGAGCCCAAGGAGUUCGCCAAGGCCGACCUGACGGCGGCUCUGAGAGAGAUCCGGGCGCAGAUGGAGGGUUACACUAGCGCCAAUCUUCAGCAUACUGAGGAGUGGUUCCGCUGCCGGUUUGCGGAGCUUAGUGAAGCCGCCGAGAUCAACAACGAAGCCCUGCAGAGCCGUCGGCAGGAGAUCAGCGAAUACCGCCGGCUGCUGCAGUCCAAGAGCAUCGAGCUGGAGACUGUGCGCGGAACCAAGGAGUCCCUGGAGAAACAGCUGAGCGACAUUGAGGAGAGACACGAUGCCGAAUUGAUGCAGUACCAGGACACUAUCCAUCAGAUGGAGAACGAGCUCAAAAGCGCAAAGUGGGAAAUGUCCCAUCAUCUGAGGGAAUAUCAGGAUCUGUUGAAUGUCAAAAUGGCCUUAGACGUGGAAAUCGCCUCCUACAGGAAACUGCUUGAAGGGGAGGAAACACGUUUUGGGUCCAUUGCAGGGACCUUCACUCUUCCUUCCUACACCUACAGGCAAACCCAGUCCCUGACCCAUACCGUGUACACCCCAACCAAAGCCAAGCGCACCCCCAGCAAGGCUGCUCCUCAGUACAAAUUUGUGGAAGAGAUUAUCAGUGAAACCACAAAGGAAGUUGACAUGUCGGACCUAGAAGAUUCAGUUCUCAGAGUGAUCUCUGAGAGCUCAGGAGGAAAACCUGAUGAAGGGGAUGAAGACAAGGAUGAGAUGACCACAGUUGAAGCCUCUGAUGAAGAGGAGGCCGAAAGGAGGAGUGAGCCUAACAAAGAAAGCAUGGGAGAAGGAGGCACAGAGAGUAAAGAAGGAAGGGUGGAGGGGAAAGGGUCUGAAAAAGAGGAAGCUCCAACUAAAGAAGAAAAUAGUCCAGCCACAAUGUUGGAUGAAGAGCCUGGCUGUGGAAAGGAAAAUGAAGAGCAUGGCACUGCAGAAAGAGAAGCCACCAAAGAAGAAGCUGCAGAAAGUGAAGAGGCAAGAGAGAAAGAGAGCACCAAGAUGGAACAGUCCGGAACAAGCAAAAUCAUAGGUUUGGCUGAACAACAAAGCCAAAUAGAGAGUGAAAGCAAUGAUGAGAAGAUGUCAGUGGACAGAAAAACAGAUAAGGAAGAUGUGAUGGUAAAAACAGAGUCUGAGCAGCAAAAAAGAGCCAAAGCUGAAGAGAUGAAUGAGAGUGUGACACAAACAGUAGCCCAGCAAGCCCAGACUGAGCAUGGAGAUGCUGAAGAGGAAAGGAAUGGUAAGGAACAGGGUAAAGAGCACGGACAUCAACAGAAAGACGAGCUCAAAGGACCGAGCCAUAAAGAGGCAUGUCCUGUUGAAGCUGAAGACCAAAAGCAAGGGGAUAAACUAGAGCAGGAACUGCAGAAACCCAAACAGGAGACAAAAGGACGGGUGCAAAAGCCAGGAAAAGAAAGCGAAAUGCAAGAAGUGAAAUUUCAAAGCAAUGAAGCAGAGAAGACAGAAGACUCUGAGUGGAGAGAAACCCCCAAUGGACUGACAAAGGAAGAGAUAAUGGCAGAUGUCCCGAAGGAGCAGGAGAGCAAAGGAGGCAAGAAAGAGAAGGAAAUAUCAACACGGGAAGAGAGUGAGAAAGAUAAGGGAGGAAGUGAGGAAGGAGGAGAUAAAAGCAUUGGGAAAGCAGAAGGGAAAGUCCCAGGCAAUGCUCCUGAAAGCAAGAGCACCCAGUCAGGAGAGAGAAGCCUAGAAGCUGUCAUAAAUGGGUUGGAUAUCAAGUUGGAGAAAGAUGAAAUGGAAGGUGAAACCGACAAGAAAGUGACAAAAACCUUGACAGAGAUUAUUGAGAAAUGUGCAGAGAAAACCACUGAGAGCAACGAGGGCAAACUCUCAAUUACCAGUGCAGUGAAGAAAACAGUGAAUGAAGUAAACGGAAGAGAAGAGAAGACCAGCAGCUCGGAUUUAAAUGGUGACAGUAAAGAAAAUAAAUGAACAGAGAG